AUUUUAGCCGAAUUUUUAAAGGUGAUCUUUUGUUCUAUUUUUUGGCCUUUUCCCCCCUUUGUUUUGGUUCUGUAGAUUUCGUUUGGUUUCUUUUAUAUGGGAUUAAAAGAAGCAGCUUUUUGUUCUUACAGUUGUGUAUUUUGUUAGAUUUUUUUUUGAAAUAGGUAAAGUUUAACCUAGUUUUAAGAGAGGUUAGUGGAGUUGUUUUUUUCAUUAUUUUUUUCCCUUUUUUUUUGGGUUCUGUGGAUUUUGUUUGGUUGCUCAUAUAGGGGUAAUUUUUUUAAAAAAAAAGCUAUUUUUUGUUCUUAUGAUUGUGUAUUUUGUUGGAUUUUUGAGAUAAUUACUGGAGGGUUUUCAUUCUAUCUUUUGCUUUUUUUUUUUUUUUUCGUUCUUAUGAUUCUCUGCUUUGUUCUGAAAAUUGGCAAUUUUUUUUUUUAAAAAAGGAGGUGAAUUGUGAUGUAGUACUGUAGGAUUUGUUUGUAUCAUCAUUUAGAUAUAUUGAGUAUUUGUAUCAUCAUUUUAGACAUUUAGGUGUUCCAAGGUUGCUAUUUCAGUUUUUCGUCAGGACCAUUCCCCUAUUCCCAUUCAACAAAUUUGAGUUUAGAUCUGGUUUCGGUGGUUCGGAUCGCGUUUGGGCCACCCUUUAUUCCGAAUCUUUAUUCCGAAUUUGACCAGGAACCAGAAUUCAAAACCAAAUAAUACCAAACAGAUUUUGGGUCUACUUCAACUGGUGAAUUCAACAGCAGUUUGUUUUUCUUCUUAUGACCCUGCAUUUUUCUUCGAAUCAUUAAGACUUGAUAUUGCGAUUUAGCUUCGAAUUUGAGUACAGAGAUCGGGUUCUCGUCAUGUUCGCGGUAGGUCGCGUGACGAUCUAAACUCGACUCGAAAUCUGAGUUCAUAUUCAAACUCCGACAGAUUCCGGGUCGAGUUCAAUCCGCUGCUUUGGAGAGAAGCAGUUGUUUUCGAUUGCUAUAAUAUGGUCCUGCAGUUUGCUUUUGUUUCAAAAUUUUCAAGUACAUGUUGGAUUGUUUGAUUAUGGACAGUCAUUGUCAAUUUGUCAUCAUGCUGCCCCACUUGGGAGAAUAUUAUUUAGUAAAACUGACUGCUGCUGUCUUCUGAAGCUUGUUGAGCUUAUCAUUUAAUUUUUGCAUCAUGCAUUAAUUAAAUGGUAAUACGCAAUGGUGGUCCAUGCGCUUUCGACAAGUUGCAAUUUGGUCUCUGAUUUGUUACUUGAAUAAUUUCCCAGAAAACAGUUUUCUAGCGGGAAAAGUAUUUUCUGUCCGUUUCGUUCCUCAAAAAAGUAGUUUUUCUGGAAAAGUUUUUGUUUUCUGAAUUUUUUAUCUGGAAAACUGCUGGAAAGGGUGUUUUCGAUGAAAUACUUUUCUGUCGGAAAGCAUUUUUCCAAUCUUUUCCGAAGAACCAAACCCUUUUUUAGUUCCCGAAGUUUCCAACAUCUGCUCGAAACUUGUCAUAUAAUCUAAUGAAUAACAUAUCUGGGAGAACAAAUAAGGCAAGUUCAGGGACUGAUCUGUUUGAGUGGAAAUUAGAGACCGCAAUCGCAAUUCAUUGGAAAUUGUUUCGAAUUUUGAAGAAUUUUGCCGAAUGUAAAUAUGUAAUAUAACAUAUGAGUGCAAUUUCUUGAUUUCUUUUGCAGUAAUAAAUUGUUAAUUUUUCUGUUUAUAAGAGCCUAUCUUUUUCUAAUUUGGAUGCAGUGUUUUUUUUAAAAAAAACUAAUUGGUAAGGAAAUGAAGCCAAUUUAUUAUGCGAUGGCAAGAAUCGCAAUGAAGCGCUUCUCCUUGGUUUAACCUGAAAAGCUUGAUUUAUUGUUGAAUCCAUGAGAAAAGAUUAAUAAAUCCCUUAAUAUUUUUCCAUUCGGAAUUAAAUAGUAACAAUGUAACACUUUUGUAGUCCGCUAUAGCCGGUAUCAAGUUCGAAGGGUUUGUACGCAAUUCACUGUUUUAAAGAGUUAUAUACGGCAGUGUGAGGACGCCCACUUUUUUUGUCGCAUUAAACUCAUGAGUAUAGUUUUCGCAUUUUGUAUAUGCUUGCUUACUAUGUCCAUUUGGAGCUUGAAAGUUUUGGUUGUUGAUCCUAUGAUCUAUUGUAGUUGCAGAUGAAAGCGCUAUUUAUUUUUACUUAAUCCUCUUUCCAUAAGAUAUCUUUUUAAUUUUUAACAUCUGCAGGUAUGAUUAUUCUGGAUAUGGAGCAUCAACCGCCAAGUGAAGCGAAUACAUACGCGGACAUCGAAGCAGUGUACCAGUGUCUAGAAACCGAAUACGGAAUCAGCCAGGAGGAUUUGAUCUUGUACGGGCAAUCGGUCGGUAGCGGGCCCACGCUCCACUUGGCGGCUCGGUUGCCGAGAUUGCGCGGCGUUAUUCUUCACAGCGCUAUACUGUCGGGCCUUCGCGUGGUCUGCCACGUGAACUUCAAUUUCUGCUUCGAUAUUUAUAAAAACAUUAACAAAAUAAAGAAGGUCAAAUGCCCGGUUCUUGUAAUUCAUGGAACCGAAGACGACGUCGUGAAUUGGCUACACGGGAACGGAUUGUACAAACUAGCGCGGGAACCCUACGAGCCCUUAUGGAUCAAGGGAGGGGGGCACUGCAAUCUCGAGCUCUACCCCGACUACAUCCGCCACUUGUGCAAAUUCAUCCGCGAAAUGGAGAGCAUCACCACCGCAGCCCGGCUCAAGAAGAUCCGCCAAACCCUAGACCUCCCCAAGAAGCCUUACAAGCCGAACGCCGCCAAUGCCGCCGCCGCCGCCGCCACCACCACCACUUUCACUACUAACUGCUGCUGCCGACUCCGAUGCAAGAAGCCUAAUUGCUCGUGUUGGUCGAUCCGGCCGAGAUGUUUAACCCUAAGGUGCUUUAGUUGCUCAAACUUUUUCCGUAACUGUUGCUGCUGCUGCUGCCACUGCCGCUGCCGCUGCUGUUGUGGGGGAGAUGCGCGGCGCGAGUAAAUGUCUCGCGCCGGUGUAGAAAUUCUCUUUAGAUUCAUCAAAAUCUAACCCUUUGUUGCUGUGCAAUUAGGAGCCCCAUCAAUCUAAGGUUGUAUAAGAGGGAUGAAUGUGUAAGGUUGUUUCUUUUUCUUCUUUUUCUUUUUUUCUUUUUUUUUUCCCCCUGCUUUCAACUGAUGUAACAGUGUCCUAUGCCACUGAUGAAAUAUUAUUUGAUUGGUAUUUUAGUUAAAUGGUUCUGAUCA